CCCCCCCUGCGUACGCGCCUGCAUGGAAAUCAAUGUGCACGAGCUACGAGUUCGUAAUGACGUUAUCACAGCAUCUCCUUCAUAAUCAUUUUGCCUUGCGCACAGACUAGAAGGGAUGAGAUUUAAAUAAAUAAAAAAUAACAACAUACGCAGGAAGACUACGGAGCACCACUGCAUGCCUUUCAACACGGCUGUCGAUUUUGACCCGUAAUUUCCUGAAAAGGGACCAUUAAACGUGUUAUACGGUCAAGUUGUUUAUAGGAGGAUAUGAAGUCGACUCAUCUUUUAAGAAGCAGACCCCGACUUGAUCAUUUAUCAUAAUGGAUUUCUUGAUACUUAUGAUAGCAUACGGAGUGACGUUUGGUUCAUUUUCCUACAUUCUCUUGCUUGGCGACAGCAACUUUCAUCGUAAUGGUGUAAUCGGCAAAAUAAGACAAGGCCUUCUGCAGACGGUGAAAUGGGUGCACAGAAAUCUCCUCCCUAGAGCUGUCCAAAGAUUGGUUAACAGGUUCAUCAACUACCUUAUUCAUGAGAGAAACCCUUUUUUCCAAUACUUGUACGUGAUCGUCCUCCUCCUUGCGCUGUACUACUACACGGUUGACGUGCUUCCGCUUGCUCUGGCAGUGGGUAAUCCUGCCUGGAUCAUCUUCGUCUCCUACUUCUGGUUUACAUCAUGCUUAGUCCUCUUUAUCAUCUGCUGCAAGAGUGACCCAGGGGUCAUCACCAUGGAGACACUGCAUCGAUUCAGAGACGUGUAUGACAUGGACUGUGUGUUGUAUCACAGGGGUGCAGAGUGCCGGACUUGUAAAUUUGAAAAGCCAGCCAGAUCGAAGCACUGUGGAACAUGCAACCACUGUGUGUACCGCUUUGAUCACCACUGCACGUGGCUAAACAACUGCAUUGGGGGAUUCAACCACCGCUACUUUCUUGCUCUCGUCACGUCUCUGUGUUUGGGGACGGGUUUCGUUUCUUACAGCAUCCUAUCUACCCUGAGCCUGUUUGCCCAGGUGUCUGGUUUGCUGGAGGCCAGCUAUGUCGGACCUGAUGGGAAGCUCUGGCCAGUCACCUUGAGAGUUGCAGCACAGCAUCUCUUUAUGGAAAGACCCAUGCCUGUGUUCAUCAUGAUGUCACUGGCACUUCUCAGCCUCCUGGUGGCAGCAUUCAUGUUCUACCACGUCUACCUAGCUUUGACGAACCAAACCACCAACGAGCGAUACAAGCGAUCUCAGGCAGUACAGGAAAUUCGCCAACACUGCAAUUGCUCAUCAAGCAGAAAUGCCAAGACGGUGAGCCAGCACAAAAACUCACACUCCAAGCGAAAUCAUAGCAGGCAGGCAGAUGUUAUUCCUCUGUGCAAAAAUAUAUACGAUAAAGGUUUUGUUUGGAAUUUAUACGAAAUUCUUUUUCCAGUUAGCAACAGAUGACAAUUUAGGGGGAUGUUUAAUAGAUUUUUAACAAAUAAAUAUUAUUUACAUCCCUGCCUAACUUUUAACGACAGUUGUACUAGCUUUAUUUAAACAUGAUGUCAUUGAACUACAGGUUAUGAUAUUUACAUGUACAUUCCAUUACUUUGAAUUAAACAUAACAAAAAUGAUAAACCUACUGACUCGGCUUUGACUGUGUGAUAUUUCCAAUGAU